AUGGCCCCAUCUCCGGCAGCCGGAAAGCAGACAGGCACACCCAAGACCCCGACCAAGAUCUCAAGAAACCAAGGCAAGACGCCACAGAAGCCCGGAUCAGCAGCGUCUGCCAGCCGACCUGCGCCAUCGACACCAAAGGCAUCGCAGGCAUCGAAGCCGGCGACAGGAUCCCCAAAAGUUCCAUCGCGCCCAAGUGUAGGCCAGAAAGCACAAGAAGCUGGCGACGAGGCCCAGGAUCAGUCCGAGAGCGCUGCCGACGAUGCUCAAGACAAGGCUCAGCAAGCGCAGAGCAGUGUUGAGAUGAAGGACGAUGACGAUGACGACGGCGAUGAAGGGCCCAUGAGCAAGGUUAGCCAGACUGGGCAGGAGGCCCAGGAAGGUCUUGGGCAAGCCGCGCCCGAACCAAUUGAUGACGAUGAAGACGACACGGUUGGUGGCGCAACUCAGGAAGCCAAGCAGACCGCCGAAGAAGCUGGCGACGAAGCAGAGGAUGUUGCAGAUGAUGCGACAGAAAAGGCGGGCGAGACGGCCCAAUCAACCGACGACAACGACGAGGACCAGGAAGAAGGUAACGAGGAGGAGGGAGCGCUUGGCGGCGCAAAGCAGGCCGCUGGCGAAGCAGCGGACACCGCUGGUAAAGCCACCGAGGAUCCCGAAGGCGCAGCUGAUGAUGCCAAGAAGGGCGCAGAGGAGACUGCGGAAGACGCCAAGGAGACCGCGGAGGAGGGCGUUGACGAAGCGCAGAAAGUUGCUGGCGAUGCUGGUGACCAGACUGCUCAAGCUACCGAAGGUACCGAAGGUACCGAAGAGGCGACCGAUGGCGUCAAGGACCAGACUGCUGAAGCUACUGGAGACGCCGAAGAGGCGGCCGAUGGCGUCAAGCACGAAGCUGAAGAGCAGACUGGCCAGGAGCAUCCCGAAAUUCAAGUCCCAGAAGGCCUCCCUGUCGACCUUUCCGUUCUCAAAGGCCUCGAAGUCCAAGAAGAUGGCCUAGUGACGGACAAGGAGGGCAACCCCAUCGGCAAGCUCGCGGAAGGCGAUGCAGAAGACCUCGCUGGGUACCCCAUUGGCGACGAUGGCGAAAUUAUUGACGACGACGGAGAUCUUGUAGGUCGUGUCGAGCUCCUGCCAGACGAGGUCAAGCGACAGCUUGAAGAAGCUCAACAGCAAGGCGAAGAGCUACCUGAAGGAGCUGAGGAGUUCCUCAGCCAGUACGAAGGCCAAGCCGAAGGCGCUGUCGAUGGCGUUGAAGACGAAGUCGACGAGUACGGCAACCUGCCGCCUCUUUCCAUUCUGGAGGGCCUCACCUGUCAAAUCGAUGGAAUCAUCUACGAUGCUGAUGGAAACACUGUUGGUCGCGUUGUUGAUGGCGACCCACAAGAGCUCCAGAAUGCCGUUCUCAACGACCAAGGCGAGUUUGUUGAUGACGACGGAAACGUCGUUGGCUACGCCGAGGUUCACGACGAUGCGGAGGAGCUCGUUGAACAAGGCAUCUAUGAGCCACGCCAAGCUCAGCAGCAAGCUGAGGACGCCGUCGAGGGUGCUGAAGAUGAAGUCGAUGGUGUAGCCGACGACGCCGAGGAAGCUGCCGACGGUGUGCCAGAAGAGAUCGAGGAUCAGCUCCCUGGCAUUGAAGCUCUCGAGGGUAAGGAGCUCAACGAAGCCGGAGAUAUCCUUGAUGAAGAGGGCAAUGUCCUAGGCAAUGUUGAGGACGAGGACCUCAAGCAGAAGAUUGCUGACGGCGAGAUCGACCCGAACACGCUCAAGAUCGACGAAGAAGGCAAUGUCCUUGACGAGGACGGAAACGUCCUUGGCAAGACUGAGCUCGCCGAAGGUGCUGCUGAGAAGCUGCAAGCCGCCCAGCAGACUGUACUCGACUUCCGAAUCCUCAACGGCAAGCGCGUCAACAAGAAGGGCAAGAUUCUGGAUGACGAUGGCGAAGAGAUUGGAGAGCUUGCCGACGGCGAACUCUCGCAAUGCGCCGGAGCCCACUGCAAUGACAAGGGCGAGGUCCUGAACAAGCAAGGCGAGAUCGUCGGGCACGUUCGCGUCGUACCCGGCGAGGCUGCUGAGAACGCCACCAAAGAACUGCUUGAAGAGCUUGGCGAAGCAGAGCAAGAGGCGGAAGAGGAGGCGGAAGAGGAGGCUGAGCCUCUAAUGGAAGAGCCAGACCUUUCAAUUUUGGAAGGUCUGAAGGUCAACAAGAAGGGACAAGUCCUUAACGAGGAUGGCGAGCCCAUUGGUGAGCUCACUGCUGGCGAAUUGUCGCAAUGCGCAGGCAAGAAGCUCAAUGCCAUCGGUGAGGUACUGGACAAAGACGGGAAUGUCAUCGGCCACGUGCGCACUUUGCCGCAGGAAGUCGAACAGAAGACAACGACUCCGGAGCUCUCGAUCUUGGAUGGCCUGAAGGUCAACAAGAAGGGUCAAGUCCUCAAUGAGGACGGCGAGCCAAUUGGCGAGCUUACCAGCGGUGACCUGUCUCAGUGCGCUGGCAAGAAGAUCAACAGCAAAGGCGAGAUCAUCGACGCUGACGGCAAUGUUCUCGGCACCGUGCGCACUCUGCCUGUCGAGGGCGGCGAAGAAGAAGAAGAAGCCCAAGAAGAGGAAGCUGCAGAGGGUGAAGGUGAGGAAGAGGAAGGAGAGGGCGAGCCAGAACUGCCUCCUCUCUCUAUCCUUGAGGGACUCACUGUCAACAAGUCCGGAAAGCUCCUCGACGACGAGGGCAAUGUUGUCGGCGAGCUCACUGAGGGUGACGCGAAGAAGCUGUCCAAAGCUGGUACCACUUGCGAUGCAGAGGGCCAGUUCUGGGACAACAAGGGCCAUGUCAUCGGCCGCGCCGUCACUCUCCCUCAAGAGCCUGCCGAGGAGGAAGCUCCUUUCGCUGGUCUCGAAGGACUGCAUGUCGUCGAAGACGGCUGGGUACAAGAUGAGAACGGAAACACCGUUGGAUACCUGACCGAGGGCGAGGCCGCCAAAUUGCUUGGCCGUGAGGUUGAUGAGGACGGCGAUGUCAUCGACAAGAAGGGCUCUGUUGUUGGCCAUGCCGAGCGCUACGUCCCAGAAGAGGAAGAGCAGGCAGAGGAAGAGCCCGCCGAUCUCUCUUUCCUGCAAGGCAAGACUGUCACGAAAGCCGGUCUGGUCAUUGGCGAUGAAGGCAUCCCUGUCGCUCGCUUGGUCGAGGGCAAUGCCAAGGACUUGACUGGCCGCGAACUGGAUGCUGAAGGACAGUUCUGGAAUGACAAAGGCCAGGUGGUCGGUCGCAUCGAACUCAUUCCGGAGGAAGAGCGCGAGGCUAAGCCUGAGGGUCCCUUCGCCGGCUUGGACGACCUCCGUGUUAUCGAGGGCGGUAAGAUUGCUGAUGAGGACGGAAACGUCGUCGGCGAGAUAACCGAAGGCAAUCCCAAGCGCCUCGUUGGCUUGUCUGUGGACGAGGACGGAGACAUUGUCGACAAGUACGGCAAUGUGAAAGGUCACGCCGAGCCUCUCCCUGAGGAAGAGCCUAUGGACUACACCAUUUUGGAAGGCUUAACGCUGAACAAGUCUGGCUUUGUUGUUGAUGAGAACGGAAUACCAUUUGGCAAGCUCGUGGAGGGCAAUGCUACCGAGCUCGCCGGCCGCAAGACUGACGAGAGUGGCUACAUCUACAACGACACAGGCAAGAUUGUCGGACGGUGCGAACCACUCCCAGAGGAAGAGCGUGUGGCGAAGUCUGAAGGACCUUUUGCCGGCCUCGACGGAUUGCACGUCAUUGACGCGGGCAAGGUGGCCGAUGAGAACGACAAUGUCGUUGGCCAGAUUGUUGAGGGAGAUGCUAAGAAGCUUCUCGGCAUGCACGUGGACGAAGACGGCGACAUUGUCGAUAAGUUCGGCAACGUCAAGGGCCAUGCAGAGCCUCUCCCCGAAGAAGAAGCCAUCGACUACACCAUCCUCGAUGGAUUGACCCUCAACAAGCAAGGAUUCGUCGUGGACGCCAAUGGUAUUCCAUUCGGUCGCAUGGUCGAGGGUAACCCCAACGAGCUCGCAGGACGACAGUGUGACGAGCAAGGCUUCAUCUACAACGACCGCGGUAAGCCUGUUGGUAAGUGCGAGCCCAUCCCGGAAGAGGAGCGUGUCGCCAAACCGGAAGGACCAUUCGCAGGACUCGAAGGCCUCCACGUCGUCAAGGAGGGCAAAGUCGAGGAUGAGAAUGGCAAUGUGGUAGGUGAAAUCACCGAGGGCCAUGCUAAGCGCUUGGUGGGCAUGAAGGUCGAUGAUGAUGGUGAUAUCAUUGACAAAUUCGGAAACACCAAAGGCCACGCCGAACCGCUGCCGGAAGAGGAGGAGGUCGACAAUAGCCCUCUGGACGGGAAAUACCUCAACAAGCAGGGAUACGUGGUCGACGAAAAGGGCAUUCCUUUCGGACGGCUUGUCGAAGGAAGCGCGUCUGAGCUGGCUGGCAGGAAGUGCGACGAAAACGGGUACAUCUACGGCGAUACCGGCAAGGUUGUGGGUCGCUGUGAGAUCCUGCCUGAGAACGAGAGAGUUGCUCGUCCAGAGGGACCAUUCGCAGGGCUCGAAGGACUGCGAGUCGUCAAGGACGGAUUCAUCGAGGAUGAAGAUGGCAACCGCGUCGGCCAGUUGGUGGAUGGUGACUCGAAGAGACUGGUCGGCCUCGCUGUCGAUGAGGAUGGUGAUAUCAUCGACAAGUAUGGUAAUGUCAAGGGUCACGCCGAGCCAUGGGAAGAAGAGGAAGUACCAGAAGUUGAUCUGUCUCAACUCAUGGGUACAACCAUCAACAAGGCCGGAUACGCUGUCGAUGGCAGUGGCAAGAUCAUCGGACAGGUUGCUGAGGGCGACCCGAACAUCAUGAUCGGCAAGAAGGUUGAUGGCCAAGGUCAGAUCUGGGACGAUGCCGGCAAUGUAAUCGGCCGCUGCGAGCUCGCUCAGGGCGUUGGUGGCCCAGAGGGACCUUUUGCCGGCUUCGACGGCCUUCAGAUCAACAAAGACGGCACUGUGACUACCGCUGCGGGCGACAUUGUCGGUCGCGUCAUCGAGGGCGACAUCAAGAAACUGCUCGGUCAUACUGUGGACGAGGACGGAGACAUCAACGACAAGAACGGAAAUACCAUCGGCAAGGCUGAGAGAUGGGAGCCUGAAGAGAAGGAGAGGCGCGUCAACCCCAUGUCCGGCAAGCGCGUCAACAGGGAGGGCGAAGUCCGCGAUGAGAACGGAGACCUCAUGGGCAAGCUCACUAUGGGUGACCUCGGACACUGCGUGGGACAGGAAAUCGACGACGCCGGAAAUGUCGUCGACGUCGAGGGCAACAAGAUCGGUGAGGUCACUCUCAUCGAGAACAUCGACGAAGACGAGUACGAGGGUCCCACCGAGGAGGAACUCGAAGAGGCCCGCAAGCGUGAAGAGGAGCGCGAGGUCGCCGAGAAGAUGGGCGCCAUCGCCUCGCAGACGCUGGAGCGCAUGCAGCCCAUCUGCAAGCAGAUCAAAGACUACAUGGACAAGGCCGACGCCACACCGAAGGAUGAAUUGGACGAGGAAGAGCUAGUCAACAACGUCAAGCCUCUGAUCGAGGAGGGUGGACGCAUUCUGCAAGAAUGCAAUGGCUCCCUGCGAGGUCUCGACCCCGAUGGCCGCAUCGCCGCCCAAGCCAAGGGUCGCGCUGGCACUGGUGAGGCCACGCCAGAGGAAUUCCGCCUCGCGGAGACGCUCAAGGAGCUCACCACCACCGUCGUCACCACCAUCGAUGACGCCAAGAAGAAGCUGAACAACAUGCCUCACGCGAAGAAGAAGCUCAACCCUCUGUGGGGCCUCAUGACGCAGCCUCUGUUCCAGAUCCUGGCUGCUGUCGGUCUCCUGCUGUCUGGCGUGCUCGGUCUCGUCGGCCAGCUCCUCAAUGGCCUGGGUCUCGGCGGCCUGGUCAACGGCCUGCUCGGUGGGCUGGGCAUCAACAAACUCCUCGCCUCGUUUGGUCUAACCGACGACGACGACAAGAAGAAGAAGAAGAAGGGCGCCGGCGGCAGCAAGCUCUCCUCGCUGCCUAUCGUGGGUGGUUUCUUGGGUGGAAGUAAGUAACAUCACCUGCAGCACACACCUUCUGACGCGACAUCCGCACACCUCACCGCAUCCUUUCUACCACGAGCACAAGAAUAAGAAACAAGCACAAAAACAAUUGCACAAGCACAAGCACACAUGCACCAAAGGGAAAGGGGAAACGCAUCGUGCCGCGUCACCUCCACUCACCCAGCCAGCCAAAAAAAGAAAGGCGAAUUCUAACUUGUUUUCGCUUCUUCGCUUUAGAUGGAGGAUCGACCGCAGGCAUACCCUUCAUGUCAGGCAAGAAGAAAGACGUGGGAGGUGUCGCCGACGGAGCGCAGGAGUCCAAGGAUGCGAUUGCCUCGGCGACGACGGGCAAGUAA